AUGAAGUUGACUAUUGUGAUAUUAUAUUUUUUAGCUAAAACGUUUGCUUUGGACCUGGUGCUUCCUUUAGGGGAAGAAACCAGAAUAUUUUUUGAAGUGGAGAACUCGGAAGUGGAUUUUGUGAAUGCAUGGAAUAUUAGAGGGAUAGCGUUUAGAAACAGCUGCUACAAAGCAAAAGGCUAUGAAGAGAUAAAGAGAGUAUUCUACCACGGGUACCUGUUGUACACAGACACCGGAGAGGGCGAGGUGCCAGGAAAGCGCUACGUGUGCUUCAACGAGUUCAAGGGAAGAGUGUCACUGUCAGUAGGGAGACAAAAAAAGGGGCUCUAUGAAGCGUAUUUCUAUAUGGCAAACGACGUUGUGUACAACUUGCAGAAGGUCUACGGAAUGCUGAACUACUCGAGCGGAAAGAUAGACGGAAUGAGCCCGGGAAAGUUCCUUGUGACAAUGACGGACAGCCUGGUUGAAAACAACUCGCCUUACUCGGGAUUGGAUGUCGCAAAGAGGGUGCCGGGCAUAAUAUAUGAGUCCGUGGAAGUGCAGAGUCCAACGAUAAGGUUCGACGUCGACAAGAUAUUUGAGAAGAUUCUUAAGAAGAGUACGCCUUACGAUAUGGAAUCAGAUAAGAAAUACUUUGAACUCUUUGCAGAAGACGAAGAAAAGGAGUGA